AUGCCGAGCGAGGCGCUUUCAAGCCGCUUCCAGUGCACUUUGCAGAUGGGUCGGACUGUGGGAAUGGGCAAACUCCACUUGCGCGCGAUCGUGCAAGUGGACGGGAAGCGCAUGCUUCAGCGUGCAACUGGGUGUGAAAGUGGCCAGUUUCGUUGUGGGAACGGCCGUUGUAUUCCUGCAGACUGGAGAUGCGAUGGAGCACGAGACUGUUCAGAUGACAGCGAUGAAGCCGGCUGUCCGCAUCCCACCUGUGAGGGAAAUCAUUUUCAGUGCCACAGCGAUGGAGAGUGCAUCCCUCAGACAUGGGUAUGUGAUGAUGAAGAAGACUGUGAGGAUGGCUCCGACGAACAUCAACAAUGCCCUGGGCGAACAUGUUCCACUCGGCAGUUUACGUGUUCUAAUGGACAGUGUGUCCCAAGCGCAUACAGAUGUGAUCGGGUGAAAGACUGCAUAGACGGGACAGACGAGAGAGGCUGCCAGUAUCCCACGUGUGAUCAGCUGUCUUGUUCCAAUGGAGCAUGCUUUAAUGCAAGCCAACAUUGCGACGGCAGAGUGGACUGCAGAGAUGGUUCUGAUGAGACCAACUGCACGCAUGGCUGCUCCAACACCCAGUUUCAGUGUGGGAAUGGAGAAUGUAUCCCUCGAGCCUUUGUCUGUGACCACGACGACGACUGUGGCGACAGGACCGAUGAACACUCUUGCACAUAUGCAUCCUGCAAAGGGAAUUUCUUCACAUGCCCAAGUGGUCGCUGCAUUCAUCAGAGCUGGAUCUGUGAUGGAGACGAUGACUGCGAAGAUAAUACUGAUGAGAUUGGAUGUGAAAGUGAUCAUCGUGAUUGCUACCCAGGUGAAUGGGCCUGCCCUGUAUCAGGGCAAUGUAUCCCAGUGGGUAAAUUCUGUGAUGGGACUCCAGACUGUCCUGGUGGAGAAGAUGAAACAAACAUAACAGCGGGCAGACACUGCAACAUAUCUCGCUGUGCGGUCUUGAGUUGCCAGUACCGUUGUCACUCUUCCCCUUCUGGAGGGGCAUGCUAUUGCCCUGCAGGAUAUGUAAUCAGCAUCAAUGACAGUCGUACCUGCAUUGACUUUGACGAUUGCAAGAUGUGGGGUGUCUGUGACCAAGGAUGCGAAGAUCGUGUCGGUCACCAUCAGUGUCACUGCACAGAAGGAUAUGUCCUCGAGCAUCACCGCCACUGCCGAGCCAAUACCUCAUCGGGAUUUGCUUCAGUUAUUUUUUCCAACGGCCGAGAUUUGCUGGUUGGAGACGUUCAUGGAAGGAGCUUUCGAACCCUGGUACAGUCUCGGAAUCGUGGAGUGGCUGUUGGCGUGGACUUCCACUUUCGGCUGCGUAGGGUAUUUUGGACCGAUACAGUGCAAGAUAAAGUUUUUUCAGUUGCCAUUGAUGGCUCUGAUAUGCGUGAAGUUUUAAAUGUUUCAGUUGACACACCUGAAAAUCUUGCUGUGGACUGGAUUAACAAUAAGCUGUACAUAGUGGAGACGAGUGUCAACAGAAUCGACAUGGUCAAUUUAGAUGGAACCAAUCGUGUAACACUUAUUGCAGAAAGUUUGGGAAACCCUAGAGGAGUUGCUGUAGAUCCUACUGUUGGUUAUUUAUUUUUCUCAGAUUGGGAUAGUCUUUCUGGCGAUCCUAAAGUGGAAAGAGCCUUCAUGGAUGGAACAAACCGUCUAGACUUGGUUAAAACAAAAUUAGGCUGGCCGGCUGGGAUAACCUUAGAUAUUAUAUCAAAGAGAGUUUACUGGGUGGAUAGCCGAUUUGAUUACAUCGAAACUGUGACUUACGAUGGGUUGCAAAGGAGAACGAUCGCUCACGGAGGAUCGCUGAUCCCACAUCCCUAUGGAAUAAGCCUUUUUGAACACAGUGUAUAUUUUACUGACUGGACAAAGAUGGCGGUGUUGAAGGCUAAUAAAUUUGCUGAAUCUAAUCCACAAGUUAUUUAUCAGUCGUCGCUACGUCCAUAUGGAGUGACAGUUUAUCACGCUCUGAGGCAGCCUCAUGUAAGGAACCCCUGCAGUAAUGAAAAUGGGGGAUGCGAACAGAUCUGCGUCCUCAGCCACAAAACAGAUAACGAUGGUCUUGGCUACCGUUGCAAAUGCAUGCUUGGCUUUGACUUGCACCCAGAUGGCCGGCGUUGCAUUGCUGUGCAACAGUUUCUGCUCUUUUCAUCCCAGCUAGCCAUACGCGGGAUCCCGUUCAAUCUCUCCUCCCAGGAAGAUGUCAUCAUUCCUAUCACAGGGAGCCCUUCUUACUUUAUUGGAAUUGACUUCUGUGCACAGGAGGACACCAUCUUUUUUUCGGACACUACUAAAGACAUCAUUUAUAAACAGAAGACAGAUGGGACAGGCAGAGAAAUCCUUGCAGCUAAUCGCGUGGAAGGAGUUGAAGACUUAGCUUUCGAUUGGGUCUCAAAGAAUCUCUACUGGACAGACCCUCGAUAUAGGAGCAUUAGUGUGAUGAGGGUGGCUGAUAAAUCAAGACGAGCCAUUGUCCAGAAUUUGAAUAACCCUCGUUCAAUAGUUGUCCAUCCUGUUAUUGGGUAUAUAUUCUGGACAGACUGGUUCCGCCCUGCUAAGAUCAUGAGAGCUUGGAGUGAUGGAUCCCAUGCUUUAUCAAUCGUGAACACAACACUUGGUUGGCCGAAUGGCUUGGCUAUUGACUGGAGUUCCUUAAGGCUUUAUUGGGUGGAUGCCUUUUUUGAUAAAAUUGAGCACAGUACCUUUGAUGGGUUAGACAGGAGGUCACUCGAACGCAUUAAUCAGAUGACGCAUCCAUUCGGCCUCACUAUUUUUGGAGGUUAUGCAUACUUCACUGACUGGAGACUCGGCGGAAUAGUUCGAGUGCGAAAGACUGACGGAGGAGAAAUGACUGUCAUUAGGAGGGGAAUCAAUAACAUUAUGCAUGUGAAGGCGUAUAAUGCUCAUGCUCAAAUAGGCACAAACUACUGUAACAGAGCCACAAACCCAAAUGGAGACUGCAGCCACUUCUGCUUCCCAGUUCCUAAUUUUCAGAGGGUUUGUGGUUGUCCUUAUGGGAUGAAGUUGAGUUCUAACCAGCUGACCUGCGUGGAAGAUCCAUCCAAUGAGCCUCCCACCUUACAGUGUGGUUCUUAUUCCUUUUCCUGUGGCAAUGGGAGGUGUGUGCCCAGGUACUAUCAGUGUGAUGGUGUUAACGAUUGCCAUGACAACAGCGAUGAACAGGACUGUGGAUCCCAAAACAAUACAUGUUCCGCGUCAGCCUUUACCUGCAGAAAUGGCCAGUGCAUUCCUGGGCGGUGGCGAUGUGAUAAGCAUAGUGACUGCCUUGACGGUAGCGAUGAGCUGCACUGCCCCACGCAGGGGCCCGCUUCGUGCUCUGCGGCCUUGUUCACUUGCGAUAACAGCAAAUGUAUUCCCAGAAUCUGGUUGUGUGAUACUGACAAUGACUGUGGCGAUGGAUCAGAUGAAAAGAACUGCACUGUCACUGAAACUUGUGAGCCUGGUCAGUUUCAGUGUCCGGACCACCGUUGCAUUGAUCCGUUUUAUGUCUGUGAUGGGGACAGGGAUUGUGUAGAUGGAACAGAUGAACAGGAUUGCAUAUACAACUGUACUUCCUCCGAGUUUAAAUGUGCGAGCGGAGACCAGUGCAUCAGUAACUACUACCAGUGUGAUGGUGUCUUUGACUGCAAUGAUCACUCAGAUGAGGCUAAUUGUCCCACGAGGCCUUCAGGGAUGUGUCACCAGAAUGAAUUUCAGUGCCAGUCUGAUGGUAACUGUAUCCCUGCUACCUGGGAAUGUGACGGACACCCCGACUGCGUGGACAGCUCAGAUGAACAUCACCGAUGUCCGCCCCGGACUUGCCCUCCUUCUCUUUUCCGCUGCGAUAACGGAAAUUGCAUCUAUCGAGCCUGGAUCUGUGACGGCGACAACGACUGCAGGGAUAUGAGUGACGAGAGGGACUGUCCCACUCCGCCUUUCCGGUGUCCCAGCUGGCAGUGGCAAUGCCCCGGCCACAGCAUUUGUGUCAACCUGAGCAAAGUGUGUGACAAUCUUGCAGAUUGUCCUAAUGGAGCUGAUGAGUCACCUCUCUGCAAUGAGCCUCAGCCAGACCAAGAGAGCUGCUCGGAUAAUAAUGCCGGCUGCACGCACGAAUGCAUUCAAGGGCCCUUCGGAGCCCAGUGUUCCUGCCCGUUUGGAUACCAGCUUGCCAAUGACUCCAAGACGUGCGAAGAUAUCAACGAGUGUGAUCCUCCAGGAUUCUGCAGCCAAUACUGCCACAACGAAAGAGGAUCUUUCAGGUGUUACUGUGAUGAAGGCUAUGUGCUAGAAUCCAAUCAGAGGACUUGCAAAGUUGCAGAGUCUGGGAAUCUUCUCUUGUUAGUAGCAAGCCGUAACCAGAUCGUGGCAGACAACAUCACUUCUCAUGCGCAACACAUUUAUUCUUUGGUUCGAGACGGGAGGAACAUUGUUGCUAUUGAUUUUGAUUCAGUGACUGAUCGAAUCUUUUGGUCUGAUGUUACACAGGACAAAAUUUGGACUGCGUACCAGAACGGGACAGACAGAAAAGUAGUGUUUGACAGUGGGGUCACUGUAACAGAAAGCAUAGCAGUGGAUUGGAUAGGCCGUAAUCUGUACUGGACAGACUUCGUCCUGGAAACAAUUGAAGUCUCCAGACUUGAUGGAAGCCACAGGACUGUCCUGAUCAGUGAAAAUAUAACAAACCCAAGAGGGCUGGUGCUAGAUCCCAGGACAAAUACUCACUUGAUGUUCUGGACAGACUGGGGCCGGAAUCCCCGAAUCGAAAGAGCGAGCAUGGAUGGCACGUUGCGAACCGCCAUCGUCACCAGCAAGAUCUAUUGGCCCAACGGCCUUGCCAUCGACUAUCCAAACAGGUUGCUGUAUUUUGCUGAUGCCUAUCUCGAUUACAUCGAUUUCUGUGAUUACAAUGGAAACAACAGGCGGCAGGUGGUGGCAAGCGACUUGGUAUUGCAGCAUCCUCACGCGCUCACAAUCUUUGAAGAUUUUGUAUACUGGAGUGAGAAAUACACCAACCGUGUUAUUCGAGCCAACAAAUGGCAUGGAGGAAAUCAAAGUGUUGUUAUUUAUAAUAUUCACCAGCCGAUGAGUAUUGUGGCAGUCCACCCUGUGAACCAGCCAUCUGGUACCAAUUCUUGUGCCUUAUCCUCCUGUAGUCACCUAUGCCUGCUUUCUUCACGGGGACCACGGUUUUAUUCCUGUGCCUGCCCGUCGGGAUGGACUCUCUCACCUGAUAAUGUGAACUGCAUGAGAGUUGAAGAGCCGUUCCUGAUAGCCGUAAGAGAUAACAUAAUUUACGGCAUUUCUCUGAAUCCCGGUGAGAAGACCAACGACGCCAUGGUUCCUAUAGCAGGAGUGCAGAAUGGCGUUGAUGUUGACUUCGAUGACACGGAGCAGAUGAUCUACUGGAUUGAAAGUCCAGGUGAAAUUCAUAGAGUGAAAUCGGAUGGAACGAACAGGACCGUAUUUGCCCCAGCAGCUAUUAUUGGAUCACCGUUUGGCAUAGCUUUAGAUUGGAUAUCCGGAAACCUGUACUAUAGUAACCCUGCCACGCAAUCCAUCGAGGUACUGAAGCUUCACAGUGAAGUAGUCUACCGGAAAACGCUCAUUACCAACGAUGGUACCGCAACAGGCUCCGGGACGCCAACUGGUUUGACUGUCGAUCCAGUCAGAGGGAAACUGUAUUGGACAGACCAAGGAACUCACAGUGGUAUCCCAGCAAAGAUUGCCAGUGCAAACAUGGAUGGCUCAGAUAUCAGAACCCUCUUCACUGGCAGCCUUGACCAUGUGGAGUUUAUCACCCUUGAUAUCAAGGAGCAAAAGCUCUACUGGCCCGUCACAAGCACCGGAGUGAUUGAACGAGGGAAUGUGGAUGGCACUAACAGGAUGACUCUGGUCUCUCACCUUUCUCACCCUUGGGGUGUGGCUGUCUACGGUUCCUUUCUGUACUACACUGACCGAGAUUAUGAGGUCAUUGAGCGGGUUGAUAAGUCCACCGGAGCAAAUAAAGUGGUGCUGAGAGACAACGUUUCAAGACUGAAAUGCCUCCGAGUUUAUUAUCGUGACAAUUCUGCUGGUUCCUCAAAUGGCUGCAGUAACAACGUUGGAAUUUGUCAGCAACUUUGCCUGCCUGUACCUGGGGGGCUUUUCUCGUGUGCUUGCGCGACUGGCUUUCAGUUACAUCCCGAUAACAGAACCUGUUCCCCGUACAAUUCCUUUGUUGUUGUCUCCAUGCUGUCUGCAAUUAAAGGAUUUAGCUUGGAAACAUCUGACCACUCUGAAGCCAUGGUCCCCUUGGCAGGAAGGGGGAGAAAUGCACUACAUGUGGAUGUCCAUAGCUCUUCUGGUUUCAUUUACUGGUGCGACUUCAGCAGCAGCAUUCGUUCCCAAAACGCAAUACGCAAGAUCAAGCCAGAUGGCUCCUAUUUCACAAAUGUCGUCACAGACGGGAUAGGACGCAAUGGAAUCCGUGGCAUCGCAGUUGAUUGGGUAUCAGGAAAUCUCUAUUUUACUAAUGCAUUCCUGAGUGAGACGUUUAUAGAAGUUCUACGUUUAAACACUACUUAUCGCCGUGUACUGCUUAAAACCACUGUGGAUAUGCCAAGGCAUAUUGUGGUGGACCCCAAAAACAGAUACCUUUUCUGGGCGGAUUAUGGACAGAAUCCAAAGAUAGAACGUGCAUUUCUUGACGCUACCAAUAGGACUGUGCUGGUAUCUGAAGGCAUCGUUACACCGCGUGGCUUGGCAGUAGAUCACAGCAAUGGCUACAUUUACUGGGUGGAUGAUUCUUUAGACAUGAUUGCAAGGAUUUCACAAGAUGGUGGAGAGCCAGAAAUUGUCCGCUAUGGCAGCCGUUACCCAACUCCAUAUGGCAUUACUAUUUUUGAAAACUCUAUGAUUUGGGUAGACAGGAAUUUGAAAAAGAUCUUCCAAGCUAGUAAAGAGCCAGGAAAUACUGAAGCACCGACAGUUAUAAGAGACAACAUCGACUGGCUGAGAGACGUCACCAUUUACAACAGUCGCUAUCAGUCACAGUCCCCUACCGAUGUCAACCACAACCCGUGUCUGGAGAACAAUGGAGGAUGUUCGCAUCUGUGCUUUGCACUCCCUGAUCUGGAAACACCAAAGUGUGGAUGUGCAUUUGGAUCGCUAGAUAGUAAUGGCAAAAGCUGCUCUAUUUCAGCAGAUGACUAUCUAAUCUUCGCUUUGGAGAACGCCCUUAGAAGCUUGCAUCUGGAUCCCGCGAAUCACAGCCCUCCAUUUCAAGCAGUGAAUGUAUUAAGAACUGCAGUAGCUCUUGACUAUGACAGUGUGAACAAUGUGUUAUAUUUCACUCAGAGUUCCCCUGCAGGCAGAGGAAAGAUAAGUUAUCUUAACAUCUACUCUGGAACUGGUAGCCCUACCAUAGUAGCAUCAGAUCUGGGAACUCCAGACGGUAUAGCCUUUGACUGGAUCAACAACAGACUUUAUUACAGUGACUAUCUAAAUCAGACCAUCAGUUCGAUGGCUGUGGAUGGAUCUAAUCGCUCUGUGGUUGCUCAUGUUCCACGCCCACGGGCCGUCGUACUGGACCCUUGCCAAGGGUACAUGUACUGGACUGACUGGAGUUCCAAUGCUAAAAUAGAACGAGCGACCCUUGGAGGAAAUUUCAGGACAGCCAUUGUCAGCAGCGACUUAGUAUGGCCAAAUGGACUUACAUUAGACUAUGAGGAACAGCAGCUUUAUUGGGCCGAUGCAAAUUUACAGAAGAUAGAGCGCAGCUCCCUUACAGGAACCAAUCGUGAGGUCAUUGUUAGCACAGCCCUCUAUCCGUUUGCAAUGACCCUCUUUGAUCAACAUAUAUACUGGACAGACUGGAACACCCGAAGUAUUUACCGAGCCAACAAAUAUGAUGGAUCAGACCAGAUUGUUAUGAUCUCAAAUCUGCCAUCCAGACCGAUGGAUAUUCACGUCUGGGCCAAAAGCAAGCAACAGAAAUGCACCAAUCCUUGCAACCAGUUCAAUGGCGGUUGCAGCCAUAUCUGUGUAACAGGCCCGACGGGUGCAGAGUGUCAAUGCCCCUCUGAAGGACGCUGGUAUUUAGCCAAUAAUAACAAGCAUUGUAUUGCGGACAAUGGCACCAGGUGUGGUGGAGGACUCUUCACCUGCCUGAACGGACGCUGCGUCUCAGAGCGCUGGAAGUGUGACAAUGAUAAUGACUGUGGGGAUGGCAGCGAUGAACUGGAAAGUGUGUGUGCUUUCCAUACCUGUCAGCCAACAGCUUUCACCUGCGGCAAUGGGCGGUGUGUGCCUUACCCUUAUCGCUGUGAUCACUACAAUGACUGUGGAGACAACAGUGAUGAGGUGGGCUGCUUGUUCCGAACUUGUGACUCCCACACAGAAUUUACUUGCAAUAAUGGAAGGUGUAUAUCUCUUGAAUACGUCUGCAAUGGUGUAAACAACUGUUAUGAUAAUGGCACUUCAGAUGAGAGAAAUUGCCCUGAACGCACUUGUCAGCCUGGCUAUACGAAAUGUCACAGCACAAACAUAUGCAUUCCUCGAACUUAUCUGUGUGACGGGGAUAAUGACUGUGGCGACAUGAGUGAUGAGAGCCCAACUCACUGUGUCUCACUGACUUGCACCAAUGCUGAGUUUCGCUGCUCGUCUGGCCGCUGCAUUCCUGCUCAUUGGUACUGUGAUCAAGCGAUAGAUUGUGCCGAUGGCUCAGAUGAGCCUUCCUCUUGUGUUCCCUCUGUGCGGAGCUGUUCAAGCGACCAGUUCAGAUGUGACGAUGGCAGAUGUAUCCCAGCGAGUUGGAUCUGUGACGGUGAUAACGACUGUGGAGAUAUGAGCGACGAAGACCAAAGACACAGUUGUGCGAAUCGCAGCUGCUCAGCGUCGGAGUUCACGUGUGUGAACAACGGACCUUCGGAAAGGAGGUGUAUCCCCAAGGCCUGGGUCUGUGAUGGGGAUGCUGACUGCAGCGACGCAUAUGAUGAGCAUCAAAACUGCACCAGAAGGCCAUGCCUGGACAAUGAAUUUGCAUGUAGCAAUGGACUGUGCAUCCGCAAUACUUAUAGGUGUGACAGGCGUAAUGACUGUGGUGACAACAGUGACGAGAUGGGUUGUACCUAUCAGCCUUGCGCACAACACCAGUUUACCUGUCAAAAUGGCCGCUGCAUCUCAAAAGCCUACAUUUGUGAUGGGGACAACGACUGCGGCGACGAAUCAGAUGAGUUGGAGCACAUGUGCGUCACGCCAGAGGCGACCUGUCCCCCCCAUAAUUUCAAGUGUGACAACGGGAACUGCAUUGAAUUGGCCGAUAUCUGCAACCGGAUAGACAACUGUCUUGACAACAGUGAUGAGAAAGGAUGUGGCAUUAACGAAUGCAACAAUCCUUCAAUCAGCGGCUGCGACCACGACUGCACAGAUACCCAGACUAGUUUCUACUGUUCUUGUCGUCCUGGAUACAGGCUCAUGUCCAAUAAAAAGACUUGUGAUGACAUUGAUGAGUGCAGUGAAACGCCUUCAGUGUGUAGCCAGAUUUGCGAAAACACCGUUGGCUCCUACAUCUGCAAGUGCGCGCCGGGCUACAUCCGUGAGCCCGAUGGAAAACGCUGCCGACAAAAUAGCAACAUCUCACCCUACCUUAUCUUUAGCAAUCGCUACUAUCUUAGGAAUCUCACUACCGAUGGCCUGUCUUACUCUCUCAUUUUGCAAGGACUUGGAAAUGUGGUGGCGCUGGAUUUUGAUAGGGUGGAAAAAAGACUUUAUUGGAUUGAUGUGGGCAGAAGGAUCAUUGAAAGAAUGUUUCUCAAUGGAACAAACAAGGAAAUAGUAAUUAAUGAUGGUGUGCCCAGCGGAGAAGGUAUUGCUGUUGAUUGGGUUGGCCGAAAACUAUACUGGGUAGAUGCCUACAAGAAUUGCCUUUAUGUAGCUGAGCUUGAUGGACGGUUUCGCAAGAAACUCAUUGAUAGGUGUCUGGAUCCCAACAACACCUUCUGUUUUCAGCACCCUAGAGCCAUUGUUGUUCAUCCCAAAUAUGGACAGGUUUUCUGGACGGACUGGGCCGAACGACCAUAUAUUGGACGUGCAGGAAUGGACGGCAAAAACAAGACAGUGGUUGUCUCUACCAAGUUAGAAUGGCCUAAUGGACUCACCAUAGAUUACACCAACGACAAGCUCUACUGGGCAGAUGCCCAUCUAAACUACAUUGAGUACUCAGACCUGGAUGGUCGGCACCGUCACACUGUGUACGAUGGGUCAUUACCUCAUCCAUUUGCAAUUACAGUUUUUGAAGACACAAUCUACUGGACAGACUGGAACACAAGAACAGUUGAAAAGGGAAAUAAGUAUGACGGGUCAGGCAGGACUGUUCUGGUGAAUACCACCCACAGACCCUUUGAUAUCCAUGUCUACCACCCAUACAGGCAGCCCAUCGUAAGUAAUCCGUGUGGGACCAACAAUGGUGGCUGUUCUCAUCUGUGUCUGAUAAAAAGUGGCGGUUCCGGUUAUUCCUGUGAAUGUCCAGAUAACUUUAUGGUGGUACAGUUUGGCAACACAGCUUAUUGCCUCCCCAUGUGCUCCAGCACCCAAUUCCUGUGCGCAAACAGUGAAAGGUGUAUCCCCAUCUGGUGGAAAUGUGACGGGCAGAGAGAUUGUAGGGAUGGCUCUGAUGAACCUCCUACCUGCCCUCACAGAUACUGCCACGUCGGGCAGUUCCAGUGUAAUGAUGACAACUGCACAAGCUCCCAUUAUUUGUGUAAUGGCCGGCCGGAUUGCCCCGAUGGGUCUGAUGAAGAUCAUGUGCUUUGUGCCAAUCACCAGUGUGAGACUCAUCAGUGGCAGUGUGCCAACAAACGGUGCAUCCCAGAAGCUUGGCAGUGUGACCGAGAAGACGACUGCGGUGAUAACUCAGACGAGGACAGUUCUCAUUGUGCCAGCCGGACCUGCCCUCCAGGCCAGUUUAAAUGCAACAAUGGCCGCUGUAUCCCUCAGUCCUGGAAAUGUGACGUGGAUGAUGACUGUGGAGAUCACUCGGAUGAACCGAUUCAUGAAUGCAUGGGUCCUGCCUAUCGAUGUGAUAACCACACAGAAUUCAGCUGCAGAACAAAUUAUCGCUGUAUCCCAUUCUGGGCUGUAUGUAAUGGUCACGAUGACUGCCGAGAUAACAGCGAUGAACAAGGCUGUGAGGAGAUGACCUGCAGUCCUUUGGGAGAUUUCCGCUGCAAUAAUCACCGGUGUAUCCCGCUUCGGUGGAAGUGCGAUGGAGAUAACGAUUGCGGAGAUGGGUCUGAUGAACAAAACUGCAGCCCCCGCGAAUGCACAGAGAGUGAAUAUCGGUGUGACAAUCGGCGUUGUAUUCCUUCUCGGUGGAUAUGUGACCAUGACAAUGACUGUGAGGACAAUUCAGAUGAACGCGACUGUGGUCUCAGAACAUGCCAUCCAGGUUAUUUCCAAUGCAACAGUGGGCAUUGCGUUGCUCAGCGGUUCCAGUGUGACGGAAGCGCAGACUGUCUGGAUUUCUCCGAUGAAGCAACUUGCCCCACUCGCUAUCCGAACGGCACUUACUGUUCACGCACAAUGUUCGAGUGCAAAAACCACGUCUGUAUUCAGCCCCACUGGAAAUGUGAUGGUGAUGAUGACUGUGGAGAUGGGUCAGAUGAGGAACUUCACCUCUGCUUGGACAUCGUCUGUGAGUCACCAUUCCGUUUCCGCUGUGGAAAUAACCGCUGCAUCUACAGCCAUGAGUUGUGCAACCAAGAAGACGACUGUGGAGAUGGUAGCGACGAGGAAGAACAACAUUGCAGAGAACCCACUCCUAAGCCUUGCACUACUGAAGAAUUCAAAUGUGGCAAUGGAAACUGCAUUCUUCUGCACUAUGUUUGUGACAAUUAUGACGACUGCGGAGACCACUUUGAUGAACUAGGCUGCAACUCCGGAACAGGUAGAACAUGUGCUGAAAACAUCUGCGAACACAACUGUACCAACCUAAGCGAAGGAAGCUUUAUCUGCACCUGCAGACCAGGAUAUAGGCCCAGUGAACAGAACAGAAACACCUGUGAUGACGUCAAUGAGUGCGAGAUUUUUGGAACAUGCCCACAGAUUUGUAAGAAUUCCAAAGGAAGUUAUGAAUGUUUCUGUGCAGAGGGAUUUAGAUCUGUUGGAGAUCAUCAGGGAACGCAGUGUGCAGCCACUGGUAACCCUCCAGUACUACUUCUGCCUGAUAAUGUCCGUAUUCGGAAGUAUAAUAUGUCAUCAGAGCAAUACUCUGACUAUAUUGAAAAUGAGGAGCACAUCCAAGCUAUAGACUAUGACUGGGACCCUGAGGGGAUAGGCCUCAGUAUUGUAUACUACAGCAUUAUGGGACGUGGUGCAGAGUUUGGUUCUAUCAAACGUGCCUAUAUCCCCACAUUUGAAAGCGGUGGGAAUAAUCCUGUGAAAGAAGUUGAUCUGAAUCUAAAAUACUUGGUCAGUCCAGUUGGUUUAGCAGUGGACUGGGUUGGAAGACAUCUUUACUGGACUGAUGCUGGGACAAAUCGAGUAGAGGUGGCAAAGCUUGACGGGAGGUAUAGGAAGUGGCUCGUCUACUCUCUUCUGGACCAACCAGCAGCUAUUGCCAUCAACCCUAAACUUGGGUUAAUGUACUGGACAGACUGGGGAAGACAACCAAAAAUUGAGAGUGCCUGGAUGGAUGGGCAGCAGAGGCAAUCCUUGGUCUCUGAGGACCUUGGCUGGCCAACUGGCCUUUCCAUUGAUUAUUUGAACAAUGACAGAAUAUAUUGGAGUGAUGUGAAGGAAAACCUAAUUGAAUCUAUGAGACCUGAUGGGACUGACAGGAAAAUUGUUGUGCAAGGAGUAAACAGCCCAUAUAGUCUUGACGUCUUUGAAGGCCAUCUCUACUGGAUGUCUAAGGAAAGAGGAGAAGUCUGGAAAGAAGAUAAAUUCGGGAAGGGAGAAAAAAUCAAAGUGCUGACUAUCAACCCUUGGCUUACUCAAGUCCGUAUCUAUCAUCAGUAUAGAUGCAAUCAGUCAGUGGCCAGUCCUUGCAAAGAUGUCUGCAGUCACCUCUGCUUGUUGAGACCUGGGGGAUACUCCUGCGCUUGCCCUCAAGGGGCUCGUUUUGUAGAAGGAAGCUCAACAGAGUGUGAUGCAGCUAUCGAUCCCCCUCCUACAAUGCCGCCAGCAUGCAGAUGUAUGUAUGGAGGAACAUGCUAUAUUGAUGAAGACGGGCUUCCUAAAUGCAAGUGCUCAUAUGGAUACACUGGAAGUUACUGUGAAGUAGGAUUGUCAAAAGGAGUACCUCCUGGAACAACAGCUGCUGUGUUGCUGACUGUCAUUUUGAUAAUAAUCAUUGGCGCUCUGGCUGUUGGCGGCUUUUUAAAUUACCGACGGACAGGUUCCCUCUUACCGUCACUUCCCAAACUACCAAGUUUAAGCAGCCUUGUGAAAUCCACGGAAAAUGGCAAUGGGGUAACGUUCCGAUCUGGAGCAGACGGGACCAUGAACAUUAGUGUGUCUGGCUUUGGAGCUGAAUCAGCUAUUGACAGAGCAAUGCAAAUGAAUGAAAACUUUGCGACGGAAACCGGGAAGCAGCCAAUCACAUUUGAAAACCCAAUGUAUACCACAAAAGACAGCGGUGAGGUGGACGUGAACAUCGCCCCUCCCACACAAGUAACGGCUUCUAGCAGUGAAGGAAAUGAAAACUUUGAGAAUCCAAUCUAUGCUACUUCUGUAUCCGCCAGCGUGCCCCAGCUGCCAGCAAGUGCAGAAACGCCUCAGGAGACAAAGUGGAACUUCUUCAAAAGGAAACUGAAGCAAAGUACUAACUUUGAAAAUCCAAUCUAUUCAGAGAUGGAAAAGGAACACCGAGGAGAAGCCGAGAACAUUCCUCCUCCAUCUCCGUUGCUGCCUCAGAAGAUCAUUCUCAGGAGAGACCAACCGUUAGCCUAUUCGGCAACUGAGGAUUCGUUCCAAGACACGGCCAAUCUCGUCAAAGAGGACUCUGUUGUAUAACUGGCUCACAUAGGGAAUAAUUAGGAACACCCGUUUGCACAUAUAUUUUUGUAAAACAGAAGGAAGAAAUGGUUCACUUCUCUUUAUAAAAGAAAUAUAUUGAGUCUUUUUAGCUGGAGAUGUCCGUCGGAACCAUGCCUUGUUUGUUCGUUUGUUUUUUUACACAUGCAAUGCCAACACCUAUUUUUAUGAGAAAUUAUCACGGUGUACUAUAUGUAUAUCUUUGCACUGACACUCUCAGAAAGAAAUGUUAUAAAUAUACUGUACAUUUGUAAAUUUCUGAAAGAUUAUCUGGUUGUUGAUGUUUUAGUACAAAUCGAUUCUCGUUAGGGAUCUCUCUAUAAAUGAUUAUAUUAAAUAAUAUAGAGGAGAACAUAGUGCCAUCUACUGAAUGACAAGGACCUUUGGGACGUAUAUUUACAAGCAGCACCUUGCUAAGCAUGUACCACCAGUACUUAUGGGUAUUUCUGCUA